CUUGUUGUCAUUGUGGUGAACGACAACCUGGAAGACGUGCAGGGAUUCCUCAAGAUUCCAACUAACGUUCGAGGCGUCACAUAUGGGAGGCGACUCGCCCUCGCAGUUGAGGAGCUCUCCGUGUUCUGAAGAGCUUACAAUACGUCUGGGAUCUGCGGGCAUAUUUCGUCAACUUCUCUUCCUGUACUGCUCUAUAACUUUCAUGGGUCUCGAGAUGAAUCACCUGUUGCUGGUGCUCCAGGCUUAUCCGAGCCUUGACAUCUGGUGCCGCCCUCCAGAAGGUUACAAUAAUAUGAGUGUCGAAGAGUGGAAGAACUUGAGCAUCCCAGUAACGGAGGACGGAAGCUACAGUCACUGCACAAUGUACAACACCACGGAGAAUGGUAGCCGGGAUGAAGUGGGUUGCAAAGAAUGGGACUUCGAUACUAGUCACACCAUCGUAAGCGAGUGGUCUCUCGUAUGCGACAGAGCCUGGCUAAGAGUAGCCUCUUUUUCCAUCUACAUUCUCGGAACCAUACUAGGGACUGUCGUCGCCGCUACUAUGUCCGAUAGAGUAGGACGAAGACCUGUCAUCUGCUACUGUGCGGUGUUCCUGGAAGUGUCCAGCAUGGCUGUGUACCUGGCAACCAACAUCUAUGUCUUUAUCAUCAUUCGGUUCUUCGUCGGCUCCACAACUCUCGCCAUCUGCAUAAUUGCCUACGUUCUGCUGAUGGAGGUGGUCUCGACAGAAGAGCGUGGCGUGUACGGCGUCAAUGUUCAAUACGGCUUCUCCGUGGGCGUCAUGACAGCAAGCCUGGUUGGAGACUUCAAGCUCGGCUGGCGUACCUAUCAGCUGAUUAAUAUGUUGCCCGCGACGACGCUCCUCAUGGCUGUUCCGUUCGUACCAGAGUCUCCGCGGUGGCUUCUUUCGAGUAUGGACAUGGUCACCCCGACGCAGGUCAUUCGUCAUGCGGGUCGCUCAGACAGUGCAAAUGCGCCCGAGAUCUGCCAGCCCGCUGAGAAGGAGGGCGGACCGCCCAAGUCGUUGGCCGAUUCCGUUAAGGAGGAAGGCCAUUCAGCGAUAGCAUCAAUGCUCCCGAUCGAUGCACUCGAUGUUCUGGCGUCGGAUUCGCUACGUAGUGUGAACGUUGCACUCUGCUGUACAUGGGCCACGUGCGGACUCAUCGUCAACAGCUUGCCUUCUACUUUGGAGAUAACGACUACGCUACGCUUGCUCCACACUGUGGUCACGGGCUUCCUUCCGGUCUUCGCGGCCGGCAUUGCUAUCGAUUGGCUGGGAAGGAAACUUACUGUUGCCUACUUCCUUUUCUUCGCCGGUGUGCUGUGCGUCGUCACAGCCAUCGCAGCUUUCGGGUCGCCGUUGGGGUUUCGAGCGCCCAUAGUUCGUCUGACGGACAUGCUGGUCCUGUUUUUUGCGAGGGCAGCCUACGUGACGCUCGUGGUCUACACUACGGAGCUCUACCCAACGACGGUACGCUGCUUUGGUUUCUGCAUCACCAUCGUCUUCGGAAGACUGGGCAUUCUGGUGCUGCCCAUCCUGAGACACUUUGUUGCGUCCACUUCGUCUUCGACGCAUGCUGAAGAGCAAGCGUCGCAGGAAGAAGAGCCGAAAGGGGAACAAUGUCAGCCCAGAAUAAGAUCACCAAGUCCCCUCUAUACCCACCACCGCCUGAAUCUCCGUGGCCAACUACGCCGUCCACGACGUCUAUUGCAGUGUGUGUGUGUGUGCGUGUUUCUAUGUAUGUAAUCGAUUGGAACCUCGCGUGAACCAUGUUAUGGAAUAUUUAAUUAUGUCUUCAGUGACGUGUCGGACUUAAAGCACCCUAAACUAUGGCUUGAGCACAUCGCAUCCUUCUGAAUAGCGCUUCACCGGGAGGAGGUAUUUGCGCCUCUACUCUAUAUUAAAGGAAGUGGAUUACCAAAACUACUUACACAUGCGCCUGUGCUCACGCAGUACGCUUGAGCGCUCCUGACGUGAUGAUUCGUCCGGAAACAUGUUUAAACGAGCACGUCCUCGUAUAGUCCUAUAUUUAC